CUGCUCUGACUUCUGACACUUAUCGAAAAUUAACCUAAUUUCUACACCGUGUUCCAGUUAAAUGCAUUGGAAUAUUUUCUCGUGUAUAUCGAAAUAACGCCUUAAAUAGAAUCAUGAAAUGAAUCUAUAUUAUAAAGGAAAAUAAUCCUCGAGUAAAUCGUUCAUUUUGUCGUCUUAAAUAAGCGAAUCGUGCUCUUUAGGCAUGCGAGUUUAAUUCAAAUGAAGCUAUUUUUACAACACCGGACCCAGCAGAAUUUUAGUGCUCUAAAACGGUGUAUAAUUAACGUGAAAAACUUCUUAAGUACCCCCGAGAGUACCAUGAAUGAGGGUGAAGUUAACAAAAAGCCAAAAUAUGAUGGUAGAUCGAAGAAACGCCAGUGGCAAGACCGAAGAACUGAUAAAGGGGCUGGCUUGGACCCUCUACUGCAACCGAAGCUCCUUCGACUGGACCAAUCGACCCAAAUUGCCAAUAUUGACAAGGUAAAAAGGCGUAAAUUUGCUAUUCUUAUGGGUUACUCCGGCGUAGGCUAUUAUGGCAUGCAAAGGAACCGGGACACAAAAACCAUAGAAGAAGACUUAUUUAAAGCCUUGCUUGAUGCUGAUUUUAUCAACGAGGAAUGUUACAACCAGGUCCAAAAUAUGCAAUUUCAAAGGGCCGCACGUACAGAUAAGGGAGUAAGUGCAGCCAGGCAAGUUGUCUCUUUGAAAUUAAAAGAAGAUUUUGAGAUUUCCAAAAUCAACGAAAGGCUAAGUGAUCAAAUCAGACUGUUUGCAUUUAAAAGGGUGACCAGAGGAUUCAACUCUAAGUCCCAAUGCGAUGCCCGAACAUAUAUUUAUGUCCUACCAACUGUUGCAUUUGCUGAUCGAGACGAAACAAUCACCCAGAAAGAGUUUAGAAUAUCAGAAGACAAACUGAAACUGAUUAAUGAACUUAUGCAGUUUUACUUGGGCACGAAAAGCUUCCAUAACUUCACCACAAAAAAAAAAUAUGGUGAUCCUAGUGCGAAGCGAUUUAUUCGGACCUUUGCUUGUGGGGCGCCUUUUUUGAAAGACGGAGUUGAGUUUUGUCUUAUUAAAGUGUUUGGGCAGAGCUUCAUGAUGCAUCAGAUCAGAAAAAUGAUUGGAUUGGUGUUGGCUGUGGUCAAAGGCAUGACUACUCAAGACACAUUGGUCAAAGCGUUUACAUCAGAGAAAGUUAAUAUUCCCAGAGCUCCAGGGUUGGGCUUAUUCCUGGACUAUGUGCAUUAUGAAAGAUAUAACAACAGAUAUGGAGAUGAUGGCAUGCACGAGAAAUUAACUUGGGAAGAAGUCGAAAAAGAUGUACAGGAUUUCAAGGAAAAACAGAUUCUUCCCACUAUAAUCAACACCGAAAUAAACGAAGAAUCGAUGGUGUUGUGGAUGCAAGAGAAAUUAGCGCUGCAUUCCUGGGACGAGACUGCAGAAAAGGAAGAAAGUGAGGACGAGGGAGGUGGCGACGACGAUGCUGAAGAGGACACCGGUUCAAGAAAAAACAUCACGGAAGAUGUAGAACAAAAACGAAUUUUACAGGAAAACGUAAUAUAGUAGUGUAGUUUUCACACAUCCUCCUAAUUAGUGUUAGAGUUCUAUAUGUUGGAAAUACACGAAAUAAAUGGUUAAUGACGUUA